AUGUCCUGCUCAGGGAACCUGGUUUGGGACGUUAAUAAACGUGUAAUUGGAUACAACGAGCCUUACACCAUCAGGACCAACUAUUUAGGAAGAAGAGAGUUUGUUCAGAGGCUUAAACUCGAAUCAACCCUCAAUGUCCAUGAUGGCUGUGUCAACACUAUAUCAUGGAAUGAAACGGGAGAAUACCUCCUGUCAGGUUCUGACGACACCUUCUUGGUUAUUUCAAAUCCGUACAAUAAAAAGGUCAAGAAGUCUAUCCGUUCAGGUCAUCGGGCAAAUAUCUUCAGUGCAAAAUUUAUGCCCCACACAAAUGAUCAGGAGAUUGUGUCGUGCUCUGGAGAUGGCAUCAUUUACUACACGCACACAGAGAAGAGCCCCGAGUUCAACAGACAGUGCCAGUUCACCUGUCAUUAUGGAACUGCCUAUGAGAUUAUGACUGUCCCAAAUGACCCCUACACAUUUUUGUCGUGUGGAGAAGAUGGCACAGUGCGGUGGUUUGAUCUCCGCACCAAAACCAGUUGCACUAAAGAAGACUGCAAAGAUGACAUUUUAAUAAAUUGUCGGAGAGCAGCCACCUCUAUCUCCAUCUCUCCUCUGAUGCCCUUCUAUCUGGCGGUGGGCUGCUCUGACAGCUCAGUGCGCAUCUAUGACAGGCGCAUGCUGGGAACUAGAACUACAGGAAACUACAUGGGGCGUGUGAAUGCAGGCAUGUGUGUGCGGUUUGUCCCUGCUCAUCUGUCCAACAAGUCGUGCAGAGUGACCUCUCUGUGCUACAGUGAAGACGGUCAGGAGGUGUUGGUCAGCUACUCCUCCGAUUAUAUCUAUCUGUUUGACCCCAAAGACGACCAGGCGCGGGAGCUCAAGGGCCCCUCAGAGGAGAGAAGGGAGGAGCUGAGACAGCCCCCAGUCAAACGUCUGCGUCUGAGAGGAGACUGGUCUGACACUGGGCCCCGCGCUCGGCCAGAGAGUGAGAGAGAGCGGGACGGGGAGCAGAGUCCAAAUGUGUCUCUGAUGCAGAGGAUGUCGGACAUGUUGUCGCGAUGGUUUGAAGAAGCCAGUGAGGCACAAAGCAGCAGAGGUACCCGGCCUCAGGCACGGCCCAGAGGAACGGCUAUUCGUCCAGAGGGGCCAUCGAGUGCACCUGCUGCUGCUGCUGCUGCUGCUGCAGCAGACACCAGUACAACUGCAGAACCAGAGUCGUCAGAGAUCUCCACUGCCCCUGCUGCUGAAGCAUCUUCAUCUUCAGCAUCCUCAUCCACCAUCACAGCUCCUCUCGCCUCCUCCUCCACGUCACCGCCUACAUCUUCCCCAGACUCUCCCUCACAGAGGAUCCAGGAUCCCACCGCCACACCCACCUCAAGUGCCACCCCCACCCAGACCGCCACCUCCACCUCAAGCGCCACCCCCACUCAGAGUGCCACACCCACCUCUGAACCAGCGCCAUCAGCCUCUUUGUCAGAAUACGGUCCCCACCGCCUGCCUAUAAGUUUAGUGUGUAGGCGUUUGCAGAGGCUGCUCCGGCUGGCUGACCCUCCGGGGAUGAGCCGUCGAGCAGUUGCUGCUGCUGCUGCUGCUGCUGCUCCCUCUGCUGUUGAGAGACAGGCUGAAAGAAGUGCUGCAGACCAGAGGCCCCCCAGUGCAGAUUCCCCCUCGUCUGUGGUAAACAAACAGCUGGGAUCCAUGACUCUUGAUGAACAGCAGGGAGCGACUGAAGCACCAUCCCUUGCCCCUGAAGAGGCCGCCCCUGCGCCCAGCAGCAGCGGACCGGGACGGAGCGCAGGAGCCGAGCCGGUCCUCAGCCUCCACUACAGCUCAGAGGGAACCACCACCAGCACCAUCAAGCUGGACUUCACAGAUGAGUGGAGCAGUAGUGCAUCACAUUCAGUGGGAAGUGGAGCUCCCAAACCUGCAGGGUCUGUGGCUGUGACCAGAGAAAAAGACAGCUCUGUUCCACCGCCAACGCGGACUGAUUCAAGUGAGCACCGAGAUCCUACUGGCUCCACUCCCGCCAUCAGUCCAGCAGAGGGCUCAUCCGAGGGGGACAGAGAGACGUCUUUACCCAGAGAGAGGACUCUGCCUGAGGGAGUGGAGGAAGACACCACAGGGGGCUGCAGACGAGCUGAGCCCACCGGAGAAGAAGGCCAGAGUCAGGGCCAGGACCAGAGCCAGAGCAGGCCCCAGCCCCCGCGACCCAACCAGGACUCUGAGGACAGUGACGAUGAUCCCAUCCUCAUCCCGUCCGUGAGGUUCAGAGGACAAGGACAAAGAUUAAAUUCCAGAGGAUCUGCUGUAGGAGAUAGAAUGAUCAGACGCUCUGCAGCCGCUCGCAUUCAGGAACUGUUCCGCCGCCGGAAAGAGCGUCGGGAGAUGGAGGAGAGCGAGACUCAGAACAUCAGGAGGCCCUCAGCAAAGAUGGUGUACAAGGGACACCGCAACUCCAGGACAAUGAUAAAGGAGGCUUGUUUCUGGGGAAACAACUUUGUGAUGAGCGGAUCUGACUGUGGGCACAUCUUUAUCUGGGACAGACACACGGCUGAGCACCUCAUGCUGCUGGAGGCCGACAACCAUGUGGUCAACUGCCUGCAGCCACAUCCCUACGACCCCAUACUGGCAUCUUCAGGGAUCGAUUAUGACAUAAAAAUCUGGUCACCGCUGGAGGAGUCUCCAAACUUCAACAGGGUCCUUGCAGAUGAGGUAAUCACCCGAAAUGAGCUGAUGUUGGAAGAAACGAGAAAUACAAUCACAGUACCUGCUUCUUUUAUGCUCCGAAUGUUGGCCUCUCUCAAUCACAUCAGAUCAGAUCGACUUGAAGGCGACCGAUCCGAAGGAUCAGGACAAGAGAACGAUGAGGAGCAGUAG